AUGCUCAAGGGCUGCGCUGACAAGGUCAAGAUAUUUCUUGAGUCUACCCGUGCCUUGGCGCGCUCGCAGAUUGCUGCAGAGCAGGCCUGGCAGGCGAGCCGGAAGCACAAUGUGGAAAUUGUGUGCAGUGACAUACCGGAUUUGUUCACUCACAGCCCUACGCCGGCACAGUCGUUCAUCAGGAAGGUGCACUGCGCAGCUCAAGAGUUCAACAAAGACAUGGUGGUGCAUCACCUGUCCCAGGGCUUGGCUAACAAGGUAAAAACCACCAAGGAAAUCACACAGAAGGGGAGCCCCAAGGUGAACGGCUGCAAAAGUGUGAUUCAGAAGCUCAAGCCGUCCCAGGCCAGCAUCAAGCAGGUGAAGAAACUCAAGGCGCAGCGCGACAAGGGUGAGUUUGGAUGGCGGCCUCUUGCCACGAAGGUGAGCAAAGUCCUGCGAGUGAAGGCGUGCCUUGCGCCUGAGACGGUUCGCCGGCUAUGCGUCGAGAUCAAAGUCAAGAAGCUUUGA